AUGGAGCUCAAGGGCAGUGCCGAAUGGGCAGAUGUGCAGCCCAUUCCUCAGGACGAUGGGCCCAACCCGGCGUGCCCCAUUGCGUAUGAUGAAGAAUUUCGCGAGGCCAUGGACUACUUCCGAGCAGUGGUAGCCAAAGAAGAAAUCUCGGAGCGAGCUCUUCUCUUGACGAGCCACGUCAUUGCACAGAACCCGGCCAACUACAGUGUCUGGCAUUACCGCCGCAAGCUAUUGCGAGCUCUGCAGGCAGACCUGCACAAAGAGCUUUUGUACAUUGGUGAGAUCAUCGAGGCCAACCUCAAGAACUAUCAAGUGUGGCAAUGGGCUAUGGUCCGCUUCCAGCUGUUCGCCACCUUGCCUGGCAAUGGGUUGCAAUACGUGGAUGAGUUACUGGAGACGGACGUCUGGAACAACAGUGCCUGGAGCCAUCGCCACUUUGUGUGUCGCUCCACCAACCGAUACAGUGACACCGCCGGUUGGGCAGCUGAGCGUGAUUACUGCCUGGCACGCAUCAAACAGAGCCCUAACAAUGAGAGCAGUUGGAACUACCUGCAUGGCUUGGUGGCAGCUGUCUCCCAGUCAUAUGCCGAUGACGCCGCCAUUGCCGAGGCUAUCGAGGCUCUGUCAGCUGAAGAUCCCCCCUUGCGCUUUGCGCUCCGAGCGCGAGUAGACCUGAUGUGCAGCCGAGCGCUUGCCUGUGCCGAUGGUGUCGCUGCGCAGGACGCUCUGCAGACUUGCUUGCGAUUGAAGGAUGAGGUGGAUGGUAUUCGAGCCAAGUAUUGGGCCUGGCGUCAUGAACAACUAGCUAAGCAACUUGCCACCGUGCUCGCCUCCUCUUGA